AUGGUACUCCUUCGUUUGCUGUCCGUUGUUUCUGCGGUUACCUUCUUCUCGUAUGCUCAAGCUGGGCUCUUGGGCUCUAUUGUCAACCCUCUUCUUGAUGUCAGCGGCUCGAUCCUGUCAGGGCAGGGGAUCAUCCAAGGUGUGCUAGGCGGUCUUGGAGGUAUUCUAGGUUCGGACCAAGAAUACGACUAUGUAGUAGUUGGCGGGGGUACUGCAGGCAAUGCCAUUGGUGUCCGCUUGGCAGAGGCAGGCUUCUCGGUUGCAAUCAUCGAAGCCGGUAUCUUUUACGAAAUCGGCAAGCCUGUGUUGGGCUCGACUCCUGCGGGCGCAUUUUUUGGAAUCGGCAGUUCUUUCAUUGAUACUGUACCAACAGUAGACUGGGGCUUUCAGACCGAGCCCCAAGCUGGCGCGAACAACCGCCGGAUCCAUUAUGCUCGAGGCAAGUGCUUGGGCGGCUCAUCGGCGCUCAACUUCAUGAUCCACCACCGUGGUUCGAAAGGCUCAUACGAGCAGUGGGCCGAAGCGGUCGGCGAUGACAGCUACAAGCUGGAUCAAUUUCUGCCCCAUUUCAAGAGAAGCGUGACCUUCACUCCUCCCAACGAAUCGGUGCGCCGCAGUAACGCUUCGACCGAGUACGAUGCCGCCGCAUUUUCUGUAGAAGGUGGCCCUGUUCAGGUUGGAUACGCCAACUUUGUCUCUAUUUGGGCAACAUGGCUGGAGAAAGGACUUCAAUCCGUCGGAAUGAAACGAACAACAGGCUUCUCGAACGGUGACCUACAGGGUUACCAUUACGCCCAAUGCACUAUCCGAUCAUCAGACCAAACGCGGAGCAGCUCUACAUCGUACAUUUAUCAGGCCAGGUCUGGAUCUACUGGCAAGAAGCUAAAAGUCUACACCCAGACCAUGGUGAAGAAGAUUUUGUUCGAUGGCAAGAAGGCGAUUGGUGUCAAGGCUAGUCUGAUUGGAGCUCUCCCAACCUAUACCAUCAAAGCGCGCAAGGAGGUUAUCCUCUCUGCUGGAGCUUUUCAAUCACCUCAGCUUUUGAUGGUCUCUGGUGUUGGUCCACGCGACACCUUGGACCAGUUUGACAUCCCAAUUGUAUCUGCCCUUGAGGGUGUUGGCCAGAACAUGUGGGACCACAUUCUUUUCGGCCCCAGCUACCAGGUCUCUUUUGACACACUCGACAAAACGCUACAUGACCCGCUUGCGCUCACCGAAGCUCUUGUGGAGUAUACUACAAAAAGCGAGGGUCCCCUAAGCUCCAACGUUGCUGAGUUCUUGGGUUGGGAGAAGCUGCCUGAAAAGUACCGCCAGAAUUUCACUCAGGCUACAAGAGAAGCACUUUCCUGGUUCGCGGAUGACUGGCCCGAAGUCGAGCACAUUUCCGGCAACGGCUAUAUUGGCACCUUUGCUUUCCCUGUUCUGCAGCAACCCCUCGACGGUAAGCAGUAUGCGACAAACUUGGGCGCUCUCGCAGCGCCACUUUCCCGAGGCAACGUCACCAUCAAGAGCGCCGAUGCUACUGUUGCCCCGAGCAUCAACCCCAACUGGCUCACUCAUCCAGGCGAUCAAGAGGUCGCGAUUGCUUGGUACCGCCGCAUGCGCGAGGUUUGGGACACUCCUGAACUUCGAUCCAUUCGAGUCGGCAGUGAAGAAGCAUUUCCUGGACUUGACAAGCAAACCGACGAGCAAAUUCUAGACGUCAUCAGGUCGUCGUUGAUGACCGUUUGGCACGCGGCGGCAACUUGCAAGAUGGGUAAGAAGGAGGACAAGAUGGCAGUAGUGGACAGCAAAGCGCGUGUAUUCGGCGUUGAAAACCUGCGUGUUGUGGACGCCAGCGCAUUCCCCUUGCUACCACCUGGACAUCCGCAGUCGACCAUCUACGCGCUUGCAGAGAAGAUUGCGGCUGAGAUUAUUGCGGGAAACUAA